UCGGUCGUUAUAGAGCUCCCUCUCUCCCUCCCCCAAUCCAACGCCAAAGACGAAAUUUUUGAUCCGCCGCCGCCAUCUUUCCUCCUCCGAUCCCACCACCGCCGCAUCAAAUCCCCACCCCACCGCUACAAACCCUCACUAAUCCCAGCUCUAUUCCCCCUCCAAUCUCCCAAAUCGAGGACAGAAGCCAUCUUUUUUCGGCUCCAAAUCGGAACAAUCCUCGUUUCCCGUGCCAUUUCUCCUGUGAUUCUUCGAUUUCUUGGUCUUCUUCCGUGUCAAAUUCAUCGCCUUUACUUCGAAUUCCUCAUCCGGGGAUAGUUUAUUUUCCCGGAUGAAUCUCGGGAAGCCACUUCCCUGUUCCCACCUCAAGGAGUACAGGAAGCACCAUGGCUUGCAGGGCUACAGAUCCCUCCAAACCCACUUCAGAACGGCCCCCAGUGGCCGCACGGCGGUUGGGAAGUUCCAAUCGUUGAUCCCGAGAUGUAGUCUCUGCUCCCUCCACCGCUGCCGCCUUUACCUCUGCCUGAUCUGCUCCUCUAUUUCUUGCUCCGACCACGCCGCUGCCCAUUCUCAGGCGAACCCGGGUCACGAGAUCGCGGUUGAUGUCGACAGAGCUGAGGUCUUCUGCUGCGUCUGUGCCGACCAGGUCUACGAUCCCGACUUCGACACCGCCGUUAUGGCGAAGCAGUUCCUGGAGCUGCCCAAAGGUAGAGAGAAAGAUCGGUGUCGGAAAAGGAGGGCCGCGCCAGCUCACGAUAUCGAAAGGGCAUCAUCGAGGGAGACUAUUCUAGUGCUGGACUGCGGUGUCAAGAACCGAUCCUGCCAACCUUUGAGACUGAGAGGAUUGAAUAAUUUGGGAAACACUUGUUUCAUGAACUCCGUGCUGCAGACGCUGCUUCACACCCCGCCGCUCAAAAAUUACUUUUUGGGUGAUUGGCACAAUCGAGAGUUGUGCCGGAAGCAGAGGAGUAGGAGGAGGAGGAGGGCGGUGGAAGCCGGGGAAUUGUCUUGUUUGGUUUGUGAUGUCGACAGUGUGUUCUCGGAGGCAUUUUCCGGGAAUCCCACUCCGUAUAGCCCUGCAAGGUUUCUCUUCAGUUGGUGGCAGCAUUCAUCAAACCUUGCCAGUUAUGAGCAGCAGGAUGCACAUGAAUUUUUUAUCUCGAUGCUCGACAUGAUUCAUGAAAGUGAGAGGUCUACCCUUCAAAACAAAGUAGGGUUUGGAGAUUGCCAUUGUAUUGCACAUAGAGUAUUCUCCGGGGUGCUGAGGUCCGAUGUCACUUGCACCAUCUGCGGGUUCACUUCAACAACAUAUGAUCCUUGUGUUGACCUCUCUCUUGAUUUGGAGCCAAGUACUGACUCGAAAUCCAACAAAAGUUCCAGAAUAUCUACCCUAAUGGGAUGCUUGGACCUUUUCACAAGGCCUGAGAGGUUGGGACCUGACCAGAAACUCUACUGUCAACACUGUGAAAUGCACCAAGACUCCGUGAAGCAAAUGUCCAUCAGGAGGCUCCCACUGGUCCUGUGCUUCCAUAUAAAAAGAUUCGAACAUUCUCUUAGACGGGGAACAUCGAAAAAAAUAGACCAAUAUUUGCAGUUCCCUUUCUCACUGGACAUGACGCCGUAUUUGUCAUAUUCCAUCAUAAGAAACAGAUUUGGCAAUAGGAUCUUUGCUUUUGAGGGUGAUGAGUCAGAUGUGUCCAAUGAUCUUUCAUCGGAAUUUGAGGUGUUUGCAGUAAUCACACAUACCGGAAGGCUGGAAUCAGGACAUUAUUUGACCUAUCUUCGGUUAGGAGAAAGAUGGUACAAAUGUGAUGAUGCAUGGAUUACCCAAGUAAGUGAAGGAGCGGUACGAGCUUCUCAAGGUUACAUGAUGUAUUAUGUGCAGAAGCAAAUCAAGUGACUCCAAAUUACUUCUUCAGCUUCACGAUGUUAUCAAAUGUGGUGUAGCCCAGUAUGGCCAGUAUCUUGUUGCCGCAUGCAAGGCGUGACAAGGGAACACCGUCAAAUGGAAGAUGGCUGUGUUCAGGCAAAAAGAACGGUCCUCAGACAAGCUGAUGAUUCCUUGAUCACCAACACAUGACUGAAGGGAUCUAAAUAAAAAAUUGUCAUGUUCAUUUCCCAGAGAUCUCAUUCCUUGUGCUUGAAUUGGAUUUGGCAGUCUUCCCUGAUGUUACUAGAUAAGAAGCAAUGAGACAGCAGAGGAGGUUGCAAAGAAGACACCAAUGUGGUCUGCUUGGGAAUCAUGCAUGCAGCUUGAGAAACUAAUUGUACUUCUAAACUCUUGAAGCUUCACAUUCAUAUUCAUUCCGAUCCAAAUCUUUAACAUAAUAAUCUAAUUUGAUCUGCUACUCCAGAGACACUGAUCAACCGCGUCACUGCAAUUAUCUUUUAUUUGGCCACUUAUUUUGCUGUAUGUUUAAGAACAUGUAGCUACAUCCAAGCAGAUAGGAAUUUGGCAUAACUGCUUGUGUGAGCAAUAGAAUGAUAAUUUUGAGAGCUUGUGAGGCAACAUUUGCUAUGCCUCUGGCAAAAGUUAUGGGGAUGCUAGCUUGAGAAAAUAUGAUGUAUCCAUUAGUUCCAUAUUGAUCAAUUCCGACAUUUGUUUUUGACUGUGCA